AAUCAUCUCAUGUUGUUUUUUAUUUUUACAUUUUUGUAUUUUUAUGUUGCUCCACCUACAUAAUCUUGAUCUUUCAGCUAUUUUAUUUUGUAGUGUUAAUCCCAUUCAGAGUUAUACUCUCUCUGUUACUUGGAUCACUGAUCUCAUCUCAGAUAUGUCGACAUCUGAUGAUAAACCAGAAGUGGUGGAAAGGGGUAGCAAGGAUGAAAAGCACAAGGAGGAUGAUAAAGAGGAUGGGAAGGGUGGAUUCAUUGAGAAGGUGAAGGAUUUCAUUCAUGACAUUGGUGAGAAGAUUGAGGAAGCUAUAGGGUUUGGAAAGCCGACUGCUGAUGUUACUGGGAUACACAUUCCAUCAAUUAAUAUUCACAAGGCAGAUCUUGUGGUUGAUGUGCUCAUCAAGAACCCUAAUCCGGUGCCGAUCCCUCUGAUCGACAUAAAUUACUUGGUUGAGAGUGAUGGAAGGAAACUGGUUUCAGGUUUGAUACCGGAUGCAGGUACUAUCCAUGCACAUGGAGAGCAGGCUGUCAAAAUUCCUGUGACUUUGAUUUAUGAUGACAUCAAGCAAACAUAUGAUGAUAUUAAACCUGGGAGCAUCAUUCCUUAUAGGGUGAAGGUUGAUCUCAUUUUUGAUGUUCCCCUAUUGGGAAGGUUUACUCUACCUUUGGAGAAAACUGGAGAAAUCCCUAUCCCCUACAAGCCUGAUAUUGAUCUUGAGAAGAUUCAUUUUGAGAGGUUCUCUUUUGAAGAGACAAUUGCAACUCUUCACUUGAAGUUGGAGAACAAGAAUGAUUUCGACCUCGGCCUCAACGCGCUUGAUUACGAGGUCUGGCUUGGUGAUGUUAGCAUUGGGGGUGCAGAACUCACCAAAUCUGCUAAGAUUGAGAAAAGUGGAAUUAGUUAUAUUGACAUUCCAAUUACCUUCAGGCCUAAGGACUUUGGAUCCGCACUCUGGGACAUGAUUAGAGGAAGGGGAACUGGUUACACCAUGAAAGGACAAAUUGAUGUUGACACUCCCUUUGGAGCAAUGAAAUUGCCUAUCAGCAAAGAAGGUGGUACUACCCAGCUUAAGAAAAAGAAGGAAGAUCGCGAUUACGAUGACGAUGAUGAUGACGAGGAAUGAAUAUUGAAGAGGAAUUGUAGCGGGUUAUUGCUAGCUCUUAAUAAAAGUGGACAUGAACUUUAAGGCAUUAGUUUUUGAGUUCUUGAGAGAUCAAGUUGACAUUCAAAUUAUGUGCCGGUACCAGAAUUUUAGUGAAUGCUGCAGUCUGGCUUGUAAUCUUUCUCUUGAAACCGCGUUCUUGUUGUACUUAAUUCAUGAUCAUGACAAUCUAGUGCUGUCUUAAUGUGAGAUCGAAGCUCAUUUGCCUUGGAACUUUGUGUGUGGGAGGUUUUAUUUAUGGAAGAUAUCUAUUUAAGAGGUGGCGUUUUCUUUGUCAUUCUGAAAUUGAGAAUUGAUUACGAGUUUGUUUGAAUACAACUUAAAAGUGUUUUUGAGAGCUUC